AUGGAUCUUGUUGCUGGUGUUCGUAAGGAGGGCAGCCGAGGCGGCCGCAAUGAGUUCAAAUGGUCCGAUGUCAAGGACUCCGCCCAUCGCGAGAACUACCUGGGCCAUUCAGUAAUGGCCCCUGUCGGCAGAUGGCAGCAAAACCGUGAUCUGCAAUGGUAUUCAAAGGGUGACGGUGAAGACGAAGAGGAGCGACUGAGAAAAGAGCGAGCGGAGCUCCAACGAGUGAAAGAUGCGGAGGAGGAAGCUAUGGCUAUCGCGCUUGGUCUUCCCAUUCCCCCCAGAGCCUCUGAAAACGCAAACAUGGUUCCCCUUGGAGGGAAUGGGAACAAAGAUACACCAACCAGAGAUGAAGAUAUGCCGGAUGCCGGGUCGAGGGAGAAGGACCAUAACACCGACGGCACCGUGACGACAGACACCGAGAUGACAGAGAACGUCGCCAUCGCAGCCAUCGACACAGAUCCCGCUCGCGAUCUCGAUCUCGCGGUAGAGACCACCACAGGCGCCGGUCAGCGUCCCGCUCUAGAAGUCGACCUGGUCGCAAAGAUGAAGAACACCAGAAGCGAAGGCGUGAGGAACGCAGCUACUCUCCAGCUGAGCGUCGACGUCACCCUGAACGCCGAAGGGACCGUGACGAUCGUGAUCGCCGUCAUUGAGCUACUUAUGAGCCACGACAAGAGAUACGGAUUGACUACAUUAGCCUGGCGUUGGAGGACUUGA